GAUGAAUGAAAAAAGAUAGAAUUGAAAUUCAGUUUUUUUUCUUUUUGCGCACCUGAUAUCACGAUAUUUGUUUUUUCUUCAUCAGAAGAGAUGGCAAAAAAGCUCGGAAAGCUAAACUUUUUUAAACGGAAUUACAAAAAGACCGAUACAGAGGUCCCCACUUUUAAGCAGAAUCUACAAGAAUGUCGCUUUGUGGACGCAGGGAAACAACUGAUCAUCCGAGAAGACCGUCUGUUUGCGUUGAAGCAGGAAGGUAUCGGAUCCAAGAGGAAGCUGGUGGAGGAAGAGGAAGAUUCAGAGGCUAGACUAGCAAAAGACUAUGAGGACCUGCUUGAGUCGGUGAUGCGGACACUGGAACAGUCCCUCGACAUCCAGAGUGCCGAGAAGCAGGAGGCACUGAAAGAUGCAGUCCAGGCUGUUCUGCAGGAGGAGGAGCAAGACACACGCUGGGAAGGGUUUCAAGAAAAGGGACGCCCACCAUGGAGGCCGAGGCGGUGUAAACAGAACCACGAGGCUCUGCUUGAGCGACUUGUUCACAGGCGGAUGGAAGAAGCAGAGUUAGACUCCAGCGUUGAGAUACAAUCCUCCAUGGAGCAGUCGAUCAUUAGCAAAGCAAAACGCCUGAAAGAAGACUUGCUGGAAGUUGCGACGUGGGUGCACAGCUGCUACCCAGAACAAGAGAAUGUGUGCCAGUUUUAUGCCACACUGUACCAUAACACCUUCAGUGCCAAGUUGAGAGAAGUCGCAGAGUACACACUUUGUGAUGAGGAUUGCGUUCUGUUAUUGCAGUGGGUGAACCAGCAUUACCCCAAUAUUUUAAAUGUCAGAAAGAUAAAAGAGGUGAUCGACCACACAAAGCUUGAUCCACUGCUUCCUGAAGACAUGAUUACACCACUGGAACAGCAGUUUUUGACCAGCAAGAAGAGGGAAGUGAGCACACACCUCCGCAAAAUUCUGGACAGAGAAGAAACAGCCUGGAAGGAGGGAGAACUUCCACAACUGAGGGACCAGGUGUACUGCUGUAUUCAAGCCAUUGAUGUGAUCCAGUGCUUUCAUGGACAUGUUGAAAAUACUCAAAAGAUCCUAGGUGAUGAGACAAAAGUGAGGAAUAUCACAUGCCAGAUGAGCAAUUUUCUGAAAGAUUAUGAAAGAUUUCAUGCAAAGAUCAUCAAAAGCAGGCAGACCAACACUGAGGCCGUUUUGAUGGUCAACCUAUCAUUUCUCAUACAGUGCAGGGACUAUAUUACAAAGAAUGCACAUCUGUUCCCUGAAGAUGUCAAAACAAAUUGUCUGUCUUUAUUGACUACCAUGACAGAAAGCAGCCAACAUUACUUUACUUCUAAUAUGCAUAAGGAACUUAAGGAUUUGUACAGGAAGGUGGGUUCCUACCAGUGGCUCAAGGAUAGUCGCGGUGUAUGUGAAGAGAUACUUGCAAAGCUGGACAGACAUAUUCAGAAAUUCAACAACUUGGACAAAAUGUGUUGCCAGGAGCUACUGGGUGGGAUGCAUAAGGAGUUUCUUGCUGAAUAUGUACGGAAAAUGAUGAAGCAAAAGAUCAUACUUUCAAAUAAAGAUCAGCAACAGAUGGCAGCAUCAGAACUGUGCUUAAACAGUGAACGCAUACAUAGAUGCCUGACUGCAGCUGGAUCAAACAUGGAUUGGUUGAAAGACAUUCUUCCCAGAUUAGCAGAACUUCUGAAAUUACAGGAUCCAGACAGUAUAAAGUUAGAGCUUGUAAACCUGAUGAGUGUUUACCCUGAUCUCAGUGACCGUCAUAUUUCUGCUUGGCUGAGACUCAAGGGAAAUCUUUCUACAUUAGACGUCAGGAACAUCCGGAAGAGCGUCACUUGCAGCCAAGAUCAAAUCAAAGAAAAGAGCGAUUCGCUCCAGUUUAGCAGGAGCUUCUUUUCCAUAGUGAGGAUUAAAUGAAUUUUGCUUCAUAACAUUUGAACAUUGCUUAUGUAGAUUUGCUUGCGCUCAGGCAUCGUGCAAUCAUUUUGUACGUACUGAAAUUCUUUGUGAAAUAAAAUGACAAAUCACCAUUUUUA